UUCCUCACACAGGGUACAUCACCACUGCCACCUAUUUCUAUAUACUAUAUAUCCUUUUGUUUACUUAUCGACACAAUAGCAAAGUACAUUUGAACACGCGAACAGUUGGCUACCUCAACGCCUGACGGCGCGAUGAGGUGCCUCCGGCUUGCCCUAAUCAUUUUCGGCCUUUUUUUGUUUACUGGAAGUUUGGUCCACGGCCAAAACAACUCACCACCAGUACGACCUACUUCUACCAAUUCGAGGCCAGUUAAUCUCUUAAUCAUCAACGAUGAAGAAAAUGAAGUGGCGAACAAAAGUGUGACCAGCUCUUUGAAUAUGCUGAAAGACCAGUAUCCUGGUUUUUUGGGAGAAAUUUAUGUGAUUCUAAUCAACAAUUCUGAUGCUGACAGUACACUUCAACGUGUAUGCGGAACUUGGAAUACGACACUUUUAGAAGGGAGAUCAGGAUCGAAAAUUCCGGAUUUAAUUCUUGAUGUUACAAAAUCCGGAUUGGCAACGGAAACAGUUAACGCUAUCACUGCCGCUCUUGGUUUACCAACCGUUUCUGGUGAAUUUGGACAGAAAGGUGAUCUACGACGAUGGAGAGAUUUGACAGAAGAUCAAAAGGGAUAUUUGAUUCAAGUGAUGCCGCCAGCAGAUCUUGUACCGGAAAUUAUUCGACAAUUAUGUCUAACAUCGAUAAAUAAUCGAGCGGUAUAUAAUAAAUCAAUAGACAAUGCAAUGAUUCUAUUUAAUGGCGAUUUUGUAAUGGAUCACAAAUACAAGAGUCUUCUUCUAAAUGUUCCAACUCGUCAUGUAAUGGUUGAUAUUGAAAAUGAUGAAGACAAGGCACGCGAACAAAUAAUACGACUACGCGAUUUAGAUAUUGUUCAUUUCUUUAUUUUGGGAAAUCAAGAAACAAUUUGCAUGGCUAUGAAAAUUGCUGGAUCACAAAAUUAUACCGGUCCAUUUUAUUCAUGGUACAUGAUAACUCUCGAUGAAUUUAUUCCAUCAUGUGAUGUUAACAAUAUCUCAAUAAUGUUCAUCAAACCGGAAUUUCUCAAUAAACCACAAUUGGCCGAACUCAUUUCGAAAGGACUUUUGCCUAAGCCAUUGAUAAGCUCCGCCUUUUACUAUGAUUUGACACGAAUCGCAGUUAUGGGAAUGAAAGCGGCUAUCGAUGCUGGUGAAUGGCCUGCGAUACGAGAACAAAUUAUCUGUGAAGAAUUUAAUGGCAGCAAUGUGCCGAAGAGAAACUUGAAUCUUUUACCGAAAUUAAAGGCAGUGACCGAGAGUAAAAGUUUCACUUCGACCUAUGCAAACUUUGUUUGGGGCGAUGAGAACGGUGACCAUAAAACGGAAUUCAACAUGACAGUCAACAUAAUAAAUAUCUACAAUAAAAUUGUUGUUGCUGACGAACAAGUUGCCACGUGGCCAGCCAAUAUCGACGAGUCCUUGAAGGUGACAAAUCCGGGCCUAAUGGCUAAUCAAAUGGCGGAAAAAAGUUACCGUGUUGUUACGGUUAUUCAAAAACCAUUUGUGAUGUAUGAUAAUGAGACGAAUACAUGGAAAGGCUAUUGCAUUGAUCUUCUUGAUCAUAUACGUGAAACUGUUCCAUUCAAUUAUACAAUUGAAGAAGUUGCCGAUAAGGAAUAUGGGCACAUGGAUGAAAAUGGUGAAUGGAAUGGAAUGAUUCGACAAUUAAAGGAUAAUAAAGCUGAUAUUGCACUUGGUACACUGGCAGUGAUGGCUGAACGUGAAAAUGUUGUCGAUUAUACAGUGCCUUAUUAUGAUCUUGUUGGUAUUACAAUUCUGAUGGUGAAACCAACAAUACAAACGUCACUUUUCAAAUUUCUUGCUGUUUUGGAAAGCGAUGUAUGGCUAUGUAUUUUGGCUGCAUAUUUUUUCACGAGUUUUUUACUCUGGAUUUUCGACAGAUUCUCGCCAUACAGUUAUCAAAAUAAUCGUGAAAAAUACAAGAAUAGCUUGGAAAAAAGGGAAUUUACAUUGAAAGAAUGCCUAUGGUUUUGCAUGACAUCAUUGACACCUCAAGGAGGUGGUGAAGCGCCAAAAAAUCUUUCUGGAAGACUUGUCGCAGCAACAUGGUGGCUUUUUGGAUUUAUUAUCAUUGCAUCGUAUACGGCGAAUUUGGCUGCUUAUCUCACUGUUUCCCGUUUGGAGGUACCAAUUGAGACGCUCGAACAACUUGCAUCGCAGUAUAAAGUUCAGUAUUCGGUUAUCGAAAAUUCUGGCGCCUACACGUAUUUCGAGAGGAUGUCAGCAAUUGAGGAUAAAUUUUAUCACAUUUGGAAAGACAUGAGCUUAAAUGAUAGUCUCAGUGACUUGGAGAGAGCAAAACUCGCCGUUUGGGAUUAUCCAGUUAGCGACAAGUACACAAAAAUGUUUCAAUCAAUGAGGGAAGCUAGAUUCCCACAAACCCUUGAAGAAGCUGUUAAUCGUGUGAGAAACCUCAAUAAGACAAAUGAAUUCGCUUUAAUUGGAGACGCCACUGACAUCAAGUAUUUAACGAUAACAAAUUGCGAUUUGAAACAAGUUGGCGAGGAAUUCUCGAGAAAACCAUACGCCAUUGCCGUUCAACAAGGAUCGCCACUGAAGGAUCAAUUUAACAAUGCAAUUUUAGUCUUGUUGAACAAGAGAAAAUUGGAGAAGCUAAAAGACAAAUGGUGGAAUCGAAAUUCGGAAAGAAAGACUUGCAGCAGGGACACUGACAGAAAUGAUGGAAUCAGCAUUCAAAACAUUGGCGGAGUGUUCAUUGUCAUUUUUGUCGGCAUUGGAUUGGCUUGUCUCACAUUAAUGAUUGAAUUCUAUUAUUAUCGAUGUCGUCCCAAGGCAAGAAAGCCACAGAAUAUGGAAAUAACGGCAGGUGACGAUGUUGGUAAUGUUGUUGGCGGAGGCGAUGGCACUACAAAAAUCAAGUCUCUCGAACCAAACGUGAAGCCAAUCGCUUUCACCUUGCGGCCAGCUCCCACGCAGGCUUUGCAUCUUCAAACUCGAUACAGAUCGAGAUAUUAAUUCCAAAAAAAAAAAAAAAUUGCUGGUUGCUGCUACAUAUAUACGAGCAUAACGAAAUGAAAACAAGAAAAAACCGGGAGAAAAAGAAGCAAUAAAAAAAAACUGAAAAUCUCGUUAUCUAUGAAAGCCGAUGCUUCGCGCUUUCAGCAACCUCAAAUCCUAUCAGAUCGAAUAUCAUGAUUGAUUAUCGACUUCAAGUUGAGAGAUUCGGAAAAAUAUAAAAAACGAUUCAUGAAAGCGUCUUAUAUAUUUUUCUCAGUUACACUCAUCAAUCGUAGAUCAAUCAUCAACCAAUCUUGCGAAAUUGACGAUUUAAUCUUAUUUUGUCUAUUUGGAAAAUUAAUUUAAGAUUUCUGAGGCAAAAAAAACUCACUAAUGAAACAAGUUUUUCAUUCAGUGAACUAAUUUCUUUAAGUUAAAAAAAUUUUUCCUCAGUUCUUCUAUUUCUUUUCUUAAAAAUUAAGAGAGAGAAAAGAAUUUUAAAAAGAUUUUAAUAUAACAAACCUUUUUUCAAUUGGAAACUUUCUUGUAGUUUUAAUUACAGCUGAAAAUAAUUUAUUAAAAUUGUUCAAAAAUAAAAUACACAAUUUUUAUUAUCUUUCUCUCUCUCUUGUGUAGCUAAAAAAAAACUUGAACUACAAGCAAUCAGAAUUCAACGUGGACACAAAUUUAAAAAAAAAUUUCGCUCGUGUCAAACGAAUAUUCAUUUUCUUUAAAAGCAAAAAAAAAAGACAAAAAAAGGAAAUAUUGACAAUCAUUUUGUCCAUAUACAAUCUCUGUUUUUGCAAUUUAAAUGUAAAAUAUUUUUCCAAAAUUUUUUUAAAUUUUUCAACUACAGAGAAAAAUAUUCUGAUAUUAAUUAAACAAAAUGUUUCACUUAAAAAUGAUUCAUCAAAAUUAAACAGUAAAUAGAUAUAAAUAAAUAAUAAAUUUAUCGAUUUGAAAAUUAAUUGAAAUUAAUGUGCUAGUAAUUAAUUCCUAUCAAGAAUGAUAGGAAUUGUUUACAAAAAAAAUUAGGAAUUAAAUUAAAUAGAAAAUAUUGAGAAUUAAAAUUAAUGGUCAUCUAAUGAAAAUUGAUUAAUAGAAAAAAAAAUUCUAAAAAAAGUUUUUCGUGAUUUAUAUAAUAAAUUCUCGUUUGCGAAUGUUUGAUAUUGAAUACAUUUUAACAAUUUUUCUAUCAUAAAAAUCACCUCUUAUUGUUAACUCAAUUAUUAUUUAAAGCAGUAUAACAGUUUUUUGUUCGUUUAAUAUUAAAAAUAAUUCGUGAAAUAUGUAUUGAAAAUUUUCUGUCAUUUGUGCGGUGUGUUUUCAAAUAUAUAACAUUUCUUAAUAAUUCUGCGUUAUAAAAAAUAUAUAAACAAAAAAAAUCAUAAUAUGUAUCUUAAAAAUGGUUUUAAAAAAAGUAUACAAACCAAUAAUGUGCCUUGAAAAAAAAUUGAUAAAAAGUGUUUUUCAAUUCUUGUAAAAAAAAUUCACAACUUUCUACCUCUCAAACAGAAUUUAAAUAUUUAUAAAUAAUAAAAAUUCGUAAAGAUUUAUUGUAUAUAAUAAUACUUCAGCCCAUAGUAUUUAAAAAUAAAAU